GGAAAUGGGCUAUAGAAAGCUGAAAGCAGAGCAAGAAAUGGUCAUUACUGCCUUUGUUGAAGGAAAAGAUGUUUUUGCAUGUCUCCCCACUGGUUUUGGGAAGUCAUUGUGUUACUAUUGUCUUCCAGCAUUAUUUGAUUCUGUUAAGCAUCAUACUUCACCUUGGUCCAUUGUAAUAGUAGUCUCUCCCCUGCAUGCUUUGAUGCAAGACCAGGUGGAAGCUCUGACAAAGAAGGGUGUGAGUGCCAUUUGUGUUUUAGGACAUGAGGAAAAGGAAAUGGAUAGGAUUGUAUCAGGGGAUUAUCGUUUAAUAUUUACGACUCCAGAAGUGUUAUUAACUCGAAAAGACUGGAGACAUGUCUUUCAAAGUUCAUCAGUUGAAGAACUGUUGGUUGGUAUAAUUGUUGAUGAAGCCCACUGUGUUAAGACAUGGGGAAGAGACUUCAGAAAAGAAUUUAGCAAACUAGGUGAUCUUCGCGGGUAUUUUUCUGUCAUUGUAAAUUUCAUGGCUCUAACAGCAACUGCAUCAAUGAGUACACGUAAGGAGGUGAUACGUUUGUUAGGAAUGAAAAAACCUGUUACCAUUGAGGAAGUUGGAAUACAAUUGUCUUACUUGAUAGACGAACUUCGUGAGAAACGCGGACAUACUGAUAAAACUAUUGUUUUCUGUCGCACAUACAAGGAUUGCACAGACUUAUACUUAACAUUCAAGCGGGAACUAAAGAGUGAGAUUACUGAACCUAUUGGAUAUCCUGAUGUGUCUCCAUUCCGUCUCGUUGAUAUGUUUCAUGCUUGCAACAGCAGUAGUACUAAAUCUGCAAUCUUAACAUCUUUCUUGUCUCAGUCUAGGCUACGAAUCCUAGUGGCAACAGUAGCUUUUGGAAUGGGUGUAGAUUGCCCUAAUGUCAGACGAAUCAUUCACUGGGGCCCACCUAUAAACGUAGAAAGUUAUAUUCAGGAAACUGGUAGGGCAGGUCGUGAUGGCCAACCAGCACGUGCUAUUUUAUUUUAUUCCAAGAGAGACUUGUCUCAUCCUUAUAUGGAGGAAAGCAUCCGUAAUUACUGCCAAAAUGCUUCUGUUUGCCGAAGACAGGUACUCUUUAAAGAUUUUGAAUAUUCUUCUGAUACUAGUAAAAACCAAUGCAUUUGUUGUGACUUAUGUGUUAUGGUGUGUGAAUGUAGUGAAUGUGCAAUUUGA